GGCAUUGCCAGAUAUGAUCUGCAUUACCAUACCCAAACUUUCUCUAAUUUUGUGAAGCUUCGUCUCUCCACCAUUUAGUAAAGCCUACCUAAAUCUCUCUCUCUCUCUCUCUGUUUUUGUUAUAUUCAGACUCCAGAGCUUUUGGAAAGUGAAGGUUGAAUGGCAACGAGAUACUGGGUGGUCUCUCUUCCGGUUCAGAACUCCGCGUCUUCUCUGUGGAACCGAUUACAAGACCAAAUCUCUAAGCAUUCUCUCGACACUCCUCUCUAUAGAAUUCUUGGAGCAGCCACUGCAAGAAAUCAAAGAACCCUGUUCAAUACUCCUAAUCUUCGUGUUGGAACCCUAGACUCACUCCUGUCUCUCAGCGAUGAUCUCCUGAAGGUUCGUGUUGCUGAAUACAACAACAUGCGCAGUCAGCUUAAUGCUAUAAACCGAAAGCAAAGUGGAAGUUUAGCUGUGCGGGAUCUCUCAAAUCUAGUGAAACCAGAGGAUAUAAUUACCUCAGAACAUCUAGUGACUCUACUUGCAAUUGUUCCCAAGUAUUCACAGAAAGACUGGUUGGCCAGCUAUGAGACUUUAACUAGCUAUGUGGUCCCCAGGUCAUCCAAGAAGUUGUAUGAGGAAAAUGAAUAUGCUCUUUAUACUGUGACACUCUUUGGUUGUGUUGCAGACAAUUUUAGAACAGCUGCACGCGAGAGAGGCUUUCAAAUUCGUGAUUUUGAAUAUAGUCCAGAAGCACAAGAGAGUCGGAAGCAGGAGUUGGAAAAAUUAAUGCAAGAUCCGGGAAGUUUGAGAAGUUCUCUUUUGCAGUGGUGUUAUAACAGUUAUGGGGAGGUUUUCAGUUCCUGGAUGCAGUUUUGUCCUGUACGUGUUUUUGCAGAGAGCAUUCUGAGAUAUGGUCUGCCGCCAUCUUUCUUGGCAUGUGUUUUAGCUCCGUCAGUAAAAAGUGAGAAGAAAGUACGCUCAAUCCUUGAAGGGUUGUGUGACAGUGUAAACAGCACAUACUGGAAAACUGAAGAUGAAGCCGGAGGAGGGGUGGCUGGUCUGGCAGGUGAUGCUGAUGCCCAUCCAUAUGUCUCCUUCACAAUCAAUCUCAUAUGAUUAGUGCUGAAUCUGAGUUUCUCGUCUGUUUCAAAGUCCUAGUCCAAGCAUUCCUCUAGGCAGCAAUAACAAUGCAAGUGUUCAGUGAUACUCUAGAGUAUAUUAAAUUUAGUUACAGAAUUCUUUAAUUGUUCAAUUAUAGUUCAGUUUUGGAAGUUCCAGUGAGUCUGAUGGGAUGGGGAUGAAAGCUGUGAUGAAGGCCUGUUCAGAAAUUUGAAUUAAGAGACUUAUAUUAUCAGAUUUCAGAAUUGGCAUUUACAAAGCUCGACAAUAAUGCUCUUGGUGUAUUAUAUAAUCAUAUUGUAUUAAUGAUUUAAA